GAGGCCUUGCCACGAAACGCGCAGGCGCAAACCUGGGGCUGGGGCUGGGGCUGGAACUGCGUGGUCCAGGGCAGUGCCUGAUGGACACCUGGCCCUGUGGGGGUACCCCUGAAAGAUUCCAGCUGGUGUGGGCUUUCUGCAGAGCUAGUCCAGGCUAGUAUGGCUGUAUCACUAACAGCAGUUAAAACUCUGGCCCUUCAGGGUACACAGGAACAAGAGAAGAUUAUGAUUUUGGAACCAAAAGAAGAGGAACAGUCUUGGGAAUAUGAGACCAGACUACCUGGGAACCACUCUAGCAGCCAAGAGAUCUUCCGUCAGCGCUUUAGGCAGCUCUGCUACCAGGAGACCCCUGGUCCGCGAGAGGCCCUGAGCCAAUUACGGGUAUUGUGUUGUGAAUGGCUAAGGCCAGAGAGACACACCAAGGAGCAGAUCCUGGAUUUACUUGUGCUAGAACAAUUCCUGACCAUCCUGCCUGAGGAACUCCAGUCCUGGGUGCGGGGACAUCACCCAAAGAGUGGAGAGGAGGCUGUGACUGUGCUGGAAGAUUUAGAGAAAGGACUUGAACCAGGACCUCAGGUUCCAGGCCCUGCACAUGGACCUGCACAGGAAGAACCUUGGAAGAAGAAGGCACCUCUGGGACCAGCCCAGGAGGCACCAAGCAUCCAGCUCCAACCUAAGGAGACCCAGCUCAAGUGUGAAUCUCAGGAGACCCAGCCUUUACCACAGACUGAACAGGUAUAUUUACAUUUUCCAUCAAUUGUUGCAGAAGAUGGCCCAGAACCCAACAACAAAGGAUCACUGCCACAGCUGCCCAUUACCAAAGUGGAAUCACAAGUGAUCUCAGAAAAACUCACCUCUCCAUUUGAAGCUACCUCUGAAGUUGAGGGCACCUUAGGACAGCAGCAGAGAAAUUCCAAAGCAAAGAGACGGAGGAGGUCCCCUGCUCAAGGGAAAACUUUUACACAGAUGGUUGUCACAAAUAAGAAAACUCCCACAGGGAGGAAAGACCAUGAGUGUAGUGAAUGUGGGAAAGCCUUCAUUUAUAACUCACAUCUUGUAAUACACCAGAGAAUUCAUUCUGGAGAGAAACCCUAUAAGUGUAGUGACUGUGGGAAAACUUUCAAUCAGAGCUCAAACCUUAUUCAGCAUCAGAGAAUUCAUACUGGAGAGAAACCCUACGAAUGUAAUGAAUGUGGGAAGGCCUUCAGGUGGGGUGCUCAUCUUGUUCAACAUCAGAGGAUUCAUUCAGGAGAGAAGCCCUAUGAGUGCAAUGAGUGUGGGAAGGCCUUCAGUCAAAGCUCAUAUCUCAGUCAGCACCUGAGAAUUCACAGUGGAGAGAAACCUUUUAUAUGUAAAGGAUGUGGGAAAGCUUACAGAUGGAGUUCAGAGCUUAUUAGACAUCAGAGAGUUCAUGCUAGCAAAGAGCCUUCCCAGUGUAUUGAAGAUGAGAAAGUCUCCAGACAGACUUGUACUUUUGUCUAAGCUACUUAAGACUAGAUCUCAUAAAAGUUAUAAACAUCUUAAGGUUUUUCCUGUGUCUUUCUUGAUUUAGGAAAAACUGUUGAGGUAGUGUCAGCUGAAGAUUUUAUUACUUCAUGUCCUUUGAUUAAAAUGAAUAUAUCCAUAGGAUGCCUUUGGCUACAAGUAAUAGCCAAAUUGUGCUGCUGUUUCUUUCUGGCAGACCUUGUACAAGACUCUUAGCUGCCCACAAAUAAAAUAGGGAUAGUUAUGCUUUCAAUAGAGGUCUAAUUCUAACACAGAGUAGCUGCUCAGGCAGUGAUAGUUAUUGGUAUUUUUUGUGACUGGAUCUUUGGUCCUCGGCACACUGUUCUGCUUCCUUGGACAGGGUCACACCUGCAGACAUCCAAGAAGGAGACACAAUCUGCACUAGUAAUUUGAACAGGGAACGUUUAAUAUAAAGAAUUAACUAGUAAAAGGGUAUCAUUUACUAAAGGAUAUAGAGAUAGUGGAAUGAGGAACAGUUACCUCUAUGACCAAGGGCUGCAAACUUAGAAACUCCCCUUCUACCCUCACAAGACUGAAAUUCAGACCUCACAGGACAGGGUGUUGCUAUUCCAGAGAUAUGCUAGAACCAGUCUGUACAGACUUGCAAGAGACAAUUUUGCACAUCUCUGCCCAAAUCUGUACUGAAAUUAGCUGCAAUGGGAAUAUUCACACCAUGGAAAUCAGUAAAUGCAACAAUGAAGAAUUUUUUGGUGUGCAGCUGGUUAAAUAUUUACCAACACAACACUGGCUAUGACCCACUGGAUGGUAACAUUCACUGAGGUGCAGCAGUCCAAGACUGAUAAACAGGAAGCCACUAGAUGAGGUACCAUUGACACCAAAGGGUGGGUGCCACUGGAUCUCCUGCACACUGCUGGCAGCUGUACUCUCUUGAACAGGAUGGAGAAGAAGGAAAAAAAAAAAAAAAACCUAGAAUAAGCUCCUUUUUUAUUGUUCUCUCCAGUGCCCUUAAUUGUCAAAGCCUUCCAUUGUACCACCUGACAAAGGGGAACUAUUUAUUGGUCAGGGAGUAGUAAAACAGAACAAAGAAUGGUGCAUUUGAAACUAGGCGUCAAUAAAUUGAUCAUUGGCCUACAUUUUGAACUCAUUUCCCUCUUAGGACCUGUCUUUUUCCUCUGUCCCUGUGCCUAUUUUCCACCUUACAAUUAUGUCAGUCACCCUCUUCAUCUAGAUGUCUUUAAAUGUUACUUUCCUUGGAGAAACCUUUCCUGGCUCCAGCAUACAAGUUUAUUUCUCCCACAUAAACAUCCAGAGACAGCAAGGUGGUCAGCAAGCUACAGCUCUCAAGGGUCAAAUUCAAAUCCAGCUCAUGGCCUUUUUUGUGUGAGCCAUUAAAAAUAGUUUUUACAGUUCUUUUUAGGUGUUUAAAAAACCCAGCUGGGCACUGUGGCAUAUAAUAUCAAGAGGAUCACAAGUUCAAGGCCAGCCUCCACAAUUUAGC